AAUUCAUUGACAAGAAGUGCACCCCUUGCCAAUGAUUCCCAAGCACGCAGUGGUGCCCGCUUUCAUACAUCUUACGACAAAAGAUAUAUCAUCAAAACUAUAACGAGUGAAGAUGUAGCAGAAAUGCACAACAUACUGAAGAAAUACCAUCAGUUUAUUGUGGAGUGUCAUGGGAACACACUUCUUCCCCAGUUUUUGGGCAUGUACCGGCUUACUGUUGAUGGAGUUGAAGUAUAUAUGAUUGUUACAAGAAAUGUGUUCAGCCAUCGUUUAUCUGUGUAUAGAAAAUAUGAUUUAAAGGGCUCUACUGUGGCUCGAGAAGCCAGUGACAAAGAAAAGGCCAAAGAGCUGCCGACGUUCAAAGACAAUGAUUUUAUUAACGACGGCCAAAAGAUUCAUAUUGAUGAGAAUAACAAAAAGAUGUUCCUUGAGAAACUCAAAAAGGAUGUUGAGUUCCUUGCUCAGUUAAAACUCAUGGACUACAGCUUGCUGGUUGGAAUUCAUGAUGUUGAAAGAGCUGAACAGGAAGAAGUGGAGUGUGAAGAGAAUGAUGGAGAAGAGGAAGGUGAAAGCGAUGGGACCCACCCCAUUGGAACCCCUCCGGACAGUCCAGGAAACACGCUGAACAGCUCACUGCCUUUGGCUCCAGGGGAAUUUGAUCCAGCUAUUGAUGUUUAUGGAAUAAAAUCCCAUGAAAAUGCACCUAGGAAGGAAGUAUACUUUAUGGCCAUUAUUGACAUUCUUACUCAUUAUGAUGCAAAAAAGAAAGCUGCCCAUGCUGCAAAAACGGUAAAGCAUGGGGCUGGUGCAGAAAUUUCAACUGUUAAUCCUGAACAGUAUUCAAAGCGCUUCUUGGACUUUAUUGCCAACAUCUUGACGUAACCUAUCAUGUUACAUAGGACAGACACGAGACCUGGGGACAGCAGCAGUGGCUACAAAAAAGAACUCAGAGAAGCACUCAUCUUGCAGAAAGCAUCCCCUUUGUUUACAUCUGCUGGCAAAGAUGACUGAAGUGGGGUGGAGUACUCGCUUUAACAGCUGCCUGAUAUUCCCAGCAUAGUUCUAGCUAUUUCUGACUCUUUUGUGUGUGCAAAAAA